AAAGACGGAAGUGAAUGAACAACAAUUAUCCUGCUUUUGAUUCAUAUGGUUGUACAGAAUGGCCGCUGCAGCAGGGAUCAACAAACAGGGCGCCCUAGCCACCAUGGACACCUGUGCUCGACACGGCAGGGGAGCUCACGGGAGCACGGUCAAGGUACUUGAGUGCGGGGUAUGCGAGGACGUGUUCUCUCUUCAAGGGGAUAAAGUCCCUCGACUUCUGCUCUGUGGUCACACCGUGUGCCACGACUGUCUUACCCGGCUGCCCCUUCAUGGCAGGGCGGUUCGCUGUCCCUUUGACAGACAGGUCACUGAGCUAGGAGAUUCUGGUGUAUGGGGCCUGAAGAAGAAUUUUGCUCUGCUUGAGCUGCUGGAGCGGCUUCAGAACGGUGCGUCCAACCAGUCUGGUAUAGCAGAGGACGCCCUGAAAAGCAUUGGAGAGUGCGUCAUCCGCUGCGACGAGGACGAGAGCCACACAGCCUCCAUGUACUGCACGGUGUGCGCCACGCACCUGUGCGCCGAGUGCUCCCAGCUCACGCACUCCACGCGCACCCUCGCCAAGCACCGGCGCGUGCCGCUGGCCGACAAGCCCCACGAGAAGACGCUGUGUCCCCAGCACCAGGUGCACGCCAUCGAGUUUGUGUGCCUGGAGGAGCCCUGCACCACAGGCCCGCUCAUGUGCUGCGUCUGCAAGGAGUACGGCAAGCAUCAAGGACACAAGCAUAGCUUGCUGGAGUCGGAAGCCAACCAGAUCCGCGCGUCCAUCCUGGACAUGGCCCACUGCAUCCGCUCCUUCACAGAGGAGGUGUCCGACUACUCCCGCAAGCUCGUGGGCAUCGUGCAGCAGAUCGAGGGAGGGGAGCAGAUGGUGGAGGACGGCAUCGGGAUGGCCCACACUGAACAUGUAAAGCUAUCUCCCCUGGUUCCGGGCACGGCGGAGAGUGCGCGGUCCUGCGUCAGGGCCUACUUUGCGGACCUCCACGAGACGCUGUGCCGGCAGGAGGAGAUGGCCCUGAGCGUGGUGGACGCCCACGUCCGGGAGCGGCUGAUCUGGCUCCGGCAGCAGCAGGAGGACAUGACCAUCCUGCUGUCCCAGGUGUCCACCGCCUGCUUGCACUGCGAGAAGACUCUACAGCAGGACGACUGCAGAGUUGUUCUGGCCAAGCAGGAGAUCAACUGCCUGCUGGAGACCCUGCAGAAGCAGCAGCACCAGUUCACUGAGAUAGCGGAUCACAUCCAGCUGGACGCUGGCAUCCCCGUGACCUUCACUAAGGACAACCGAGUGCACAUUGGCCCCAAGAUGGAGAUAAGAGUGGUCACUUUAGGGCUGGAUGGAGCAGGGAAGACGACUAUCCUCUUUAAGCUUAAACAAGACGAGUUCAUGCAGCCAAUCCCUACCAUCGGGUUCAACGUGGAGACAGUGGAAUACAAGAACUUGAAAUUCACCAUCUGGGAUGUGGGCGGCAAACACAAGCUCAGGCCACUAUGGAAACACUACUAUUUGAAUACACAAGCGGUGGUGUUUGUGAUUGAUAGCUGUCACAGGGACAGACUGAUGGAAGCCCACAGCGAGCUAGCUAAGCUUCUGACGGAGAAGGAGCUGAGGGAUGCGCUUCUGCUCAUAUUCGCUAACAAACAGGAUGUACCGGGGGUGGUGUCGGUGGAGGAAAUGACUGAGCUCCUGAGCCUCCACAAGCUGUGCUGCGGGAGGAGCUGGCACAUCCAAGGCUGCGACGCGCGCAGUGGGAUAGGCCUCCACGAGGGCCUGGACUGGCUCUCCAGGCAGCUGGUGGCCGCUGGGGUCCUGGAUGUGGCCUGAACCCCCUUCCAUCCCUUAUCUGGGUCCUGGAUGUGGCCUGAACCCCCUUCCAUCCCUUAUCUGGGUCCUGGAUGUGGCCUGAACCCCCUUCCAUCCCUUAUCUGGGUCCUGGAUGUGGCCUGAACCCCCUUCCAUCCCUUACAGUAUCUGGGUCCUUCCUUCAGCUUUACCUACUCUAUAAACAAGCACCAAAACGGUCUCUUCUGCUCAUAAUUCCGAAUACGCAAAUGACUACUGCGUGACUGAGUUCUAUCCGGCUUAACGCCUUCCAAUACUAAUACUUGUUUACUCUGGAGUGAUCGCUUAUGUAAGAACUUGAUGGCUGAUGCCACUGAUAAGAGGAUUUGACACAUGGAAUUAAAUUCCACCUGAAUAUAUUCAUCAAUCGUACUUAAACAAACACCAAACCUAAGAGCUCACAGGUUUCCUAGUGGACUCCCGGUGAAUGUGUUCACCGGGAGUCCACAACAAACUUGUUUAGGAACCUCUGUGAUGCUUAUUUACCUCCAACUUCAUGACAUCCUUAAUGUAUUUACUCUUGGUGAAAUGUAUCCCGCCACUACCAGUUAAUUAUAUCUGUGCUUGGGUUUUAUGUUAGCCUUCAUAAUCAAUGUGAAGAGUAUGGAUCAAUGACUCAAAAUACAAGACGUGGUUUAUAUUAACGCACUUUCGCUGUUCUAGCAUGGAACAGCAAAAAGCAGCAUAUGAACAAAUGUAUUAGUUGAGAUUGACAUUUUUCUUAUUUCAGUGUACUGACCAUGGGGUUACGGCAGAGGGUGUGCUUCUUAAAAUCCUUUUGUUUACCAAACCUGGGUUUCUCUGAGGUGUGUGUGUUUCCUGAGUUACUUUUAUUUUAAGUGUAAGAACCUAUUUAAUGCCACAGCUGGUCUCUAAAUGGCACGCGAUUUGGUUUGGGUUACCUAUUUGCAUUGGUUUGUAUUGAAUCUAAUGUUUCCGUUACUGAAGGUUAAAAAUGGGGAAUAGUGGCAGUAGUAAGGAAGGAAAACUUAUGACAGUAUGCUGCCUUUGUAAGUGGCGCUUCUUAUUUGAGGUUGAUCUGAAUGCACUUGUCCACUUCCUCUGCCUCUUUAAGGACUAUCUAUCUGCUGUCCAUGGUGUUGCAAACAUUUUUCAGUCCCUUUUUCUCGCUGCCUCAUUGAGUAUGACCUGUGAAAAACCUUUGAAUUAACGUACAUCGAUAUCUAAGUAGAUGUGAAACGUAGUCGUGCAUUAACAAUGUUUUAUAUUGCAUAUUAAGGAGCCAUCAUUUGGUUAGAAGUGUCAUUGCUAUGUAAUGUUUAUAACUUGUAUCUAUGUAAAGAAAAAAAUAACCUGCAUGUACGCAAUGCCUUUUUUCCCCCCCCUUUUGUUCCUUAGUUUUGUUAUUUGUGGGGAUUGCCCUUUAUCUACACAUAGAAGUACAGCACAGUUAAACCAUCAAUUCCUUAUACCAUUGGACUUGAUAAUGGCUUUUUGUAAGUUAUGUGAAGCUGUAAAAUAAAGUUGAACUCCUGCCUGGAUA